AUGAGUUUGAAACAUGAAAAAGGAAGAUCUGUAAAAUAUCAGAAAUUAGAAUCUUCAUAUAAUCCUUUAGAAAAUGCUUGCUAUAUAUUUGAUAAUGGAUUAAGGAAGGUGGUUCCUUAUUUUUUCAAUUAUAAAACAUUUGCUAAAGAAAGGUGGAGAGGCCGUACUAUAUAUGAUAUUUUUUCUACAGAGUUUCGAGAUCGAACACCGCAAUAUUAUGAGCAGGAAAUUAAGGGUGGUCGUGUGAUGGUAAAUGGGCAUGUUGCUACAUUUGAACAAAUAAUAAAAGAUGGAGAUGUUAUAGAACAUCUUAGUCAUAGACACGAACCACCUGUAACUCAUAAGAAUAUUGAUAUUAUUUAUCAAGAUGACGAUAUUGUUGUAAUAAAUAAGCCUUCUGGAAUUCCCGUUCAUCCUGCUGGACGAUAUCGACAUAAUUCUAUUACACAUAUUAUGAUGGCAGAAAUGGGUUUUUCUAGUCUUGCUCCAUGUAAUAGACUUGAUAGGCUUACUUCUGGAUUAAUGAUUUUGGCUCGUAAUGUACGUAUUGCAGAUGAAAUGCGUAAAAAGAUGUAUGAUAGACGUAUUUUAAAGGAAUAUAUAUGUAAAGUGCAUGGUUUAUUUCCUGAAGGGGAGAUAAUAUGUACAGAACCUCUUUUAACAAUAUCGCCAAAGCUUGGAUUAAAUAGAGUUCAUCCAAAUGGAAAAUCAUCUAAAUCUAUUUUUAGGCGAUUAAAUUAUGAUGGAAAAAACAGCAUUGUUCAUUGUAUGUGUCAACCUUUAACCGGGAGAACACAUCAGCUUCGAGUCCAUUUGCAGUGGUUAGGUAACCCUAUACUGAAUGAUCCAAUUUAUGCAAAUAUGAAGAUUUGGGGAUCAGAUAUGGGUAAAAAAGGUAGUUUUAUGUUAAAUGAUGAUGAGUUGAUUUCUUCAUUAACAAAAAUGGGGAAAACAGAAACAGCUUCCUGGUAUAUGGAUGAAAUAGAAGAAGCAGAAAAAAGAAGGGAAUCUAGGCUUGGUGAACUUUUAACUGGUGAAGUAUGCAAUAUUUGUCAAGCACCAUUAUAUUCUGAUCCCUCACAAAAUGAUUUAAAAAUUUAUUUACAUGCUUGGAAAUAUAAAUCUGAUGAUAAUUCAUGGUGUUUUGAAACUGAAUUGCCAGAUUGGGCAAAUACAGACUUUAUAAAAACAUAG